GUCAACAUGGCGGCGGUGUGUCUCAGCAGGAGGGCUCUCCGCAGCCUCUUCGGGUUGCGGGAGUUUUCACGUUCAGUUAGGUUUUCAGUGAAGGAUAGAAGUCUGUGCUGCUCUCUGUGGUCUGUCCAAAAACACCGUAUACAAGCUCAAGAGUCACAGAAGAAACUAUUCUCAGUACGAUGGCUGUCAGUUUUCACAGAAAACACACCAAACCCCAGGAGUUUAAAGUUCCUUCCUGGGAAGCCUGUGUUGGGAACAGGAACUCUGGACUUCCCAACUUCAAGUUCUGCAGAGUGUUCUUCUUUAGCCAGGAAUCUUUUUCAGGUCGAAGGGGUGAAAAGUGUGUUUUUUGGCCCUGAUUUCAUCACACUUACAAAGAUGGAUGAUGAUGUUGAGUGGGUAGACAUUAAACGGCAUGCGAUUGAGAUCAUCACAAAGUUCUUUGAAAGUGGAGAACCUGUAACAACAGGAGUAACACAUCCAGAGAGCAAUGUGUCAGAGGAUGAUGAUGAGAUUGUCUCAAUGAUUAAAGAGCUUUUAGACACUCGAAUCAGACCGACUGUACAGGAGGAUGGUGGUGAUGUCAUCUUUAAAGGUUUUGAGGAUGGCACAGUGAAGCUGAAGCUUGUUGGCUCUUGCACAGGCUGUCCCAGUUCCACAGUUACUCUGAAAAAUGGUAUUCGGAACAUGCUGCAGUUUUACAUUCCAGAGGUGGAUGAUGUUGAACAGGUGGAGGAUGAAGUGGAUGAAAUCAGUAUGAAGGUGUUUUCAGAACUAGAGAGAAAAUUAAAAGAUUCGUAGCUAUGAGGUUAGCCUGUUUUGAUGACCUGCAGAGUUUGGGCUUAUCCAUAGAGGAAGAUCACUGACCAGUGGCCAUUGUACACAGCUGUAAUAGACCUAAAAAUGACUCAUUGUACUUUAUCCUGGUAAGAGUAGCAGUGGAUUUGGAAACUACCCUCGGAACCCCAGGCGUGAGGUGAGAAUCCAUCCUGGGUGGCAUGCUAGUCUCUCACAGCGCACUCACUCAUUCAGUCACACUUUUUGUGCAAUUUAGAGUGAAUGAACAAGCAGGUAUAUAAUAAUAUACAAUAGGUCAAAACUUUAUCGUAAUCCUAUUAUAAUAAGAAUAUUAAACUAGUUUAUAAAAUACGCAUUAUAAAAAUGUCAAAUGCUUUUCAUUUUGUAUUUUUUAAUAAACUAUACUACAGGUUCUCUCUUACUUUAAUUCAGCACACCCGUGGUUUUACCCUACAUUGUCUAUCAUUUAAUACAGGAUUUGAAGAUGGGGCUAAAUACUUUCAUGCUGAAUAGAACUGUGAAUAAAGUAAAAGCCUGAAUUAUCCACUAAAUAUCACAAGGCAAAUAUGAUUCUGGUGUUGCUUGGAGUACUUUGCAAUCUAUUCACAAUUAACAAAGCUCAACAAAACUUUCGCUCUGCUUUAGUGUAGUAUUGUAAAUUUAGCUUUGACCCUGAAUCUAGGUGACUGUUUUGCAUGUUCUUCCUAUGUUCAAAUGGGUCAAGUAUGGUGCCUUGUGAUCCAGGAUGGAUUACUACCUCACAUUCAGUGUUCUGGCUUUGGAUUCACCAUGACCCUGACCAGAAUAAAACUGUUAUUGAAGAGAAAUGAGUGAAUCAAUGUGUCUUUUGCCAAGUAGUAGGAUUUAUCUCUUUCCAGUUCGGAUGUCCUUUGAAAACAUGGGUGUUGGUGGCAGUUAGAAGCCAAAAUGCAGUUGUGUGUGGUUUUUUUUUUUUUUAAACACAGGAGUGCAGCCUUUUAAGUGCUGGCUCUUCUUCAGGUCAUGUGAAAUACACAACAAAUGAAACGUUUCAGAGGGAUGGUGAAAAGUGAUUGUUCCUUUACAGUCCAAGUUUGUUGCUCUUUGUAUAAAUGGUGAAUUAAAACCAAACUAUUGCUGGUAUUAACCUGAUAAA